CUGUCUGGCAAAGCAUUUCUCUCAGUGAUUCAAGUGUUGAGCUAGGCUAGGGUGUUGCAGUGGUUUGAGUGUUGAGUGUUGGACUCUGGAGACCAAGGCUGGAAUCCCAACCUGGCCAUGUAAAACCCACUAGGUGACACUCUCUCAGCCUCAGAGGAUGGCCAGGGCAAACCUCCUCUGAAGAAACUUGCCCAGAAAACCCUGAGAUAGGGUUGCCAUAAACUGGAAAUGACUUGAAGGCACACAACAACAACAACAACAACAACAACAACAGCAACAAUAAAGCUUUGUGCAGCCUGCUUUAUGUCUAGCUAUGAAGUAUAUUGCUGCUGUACAUGCUCAUGUCAAUGUAACUGCCACAAAGUUGGGAAACCAUUCAUGUGAGGAUUGUUUGCAAGCACCAGCCAGUGGAAAGGAGACUAGAAACAACUGACCUGGUACAAGGGCAAAAAUAAUAAACUUUCAUGGAUAUAAAGCCACGUCUUCAGAUGUAGUAUUAAAGCCUCAGGUAGAAGAGAUUGGUGGUGGUGCCUCUUCACCUGGGGAAAAUGGGAAAUCAGUGCAACAUUCGACAAUGUUAGAGAAACUGGACUGUCAAGAGCUGGCUACCAUGGUCCACCUCAGCGUCACCCCUGAAAAAUCACUUGCUGAUGCCCCUGUGUGGAUUUUUGUGUCUGGGCUGGUUCCCUCCCAGAUUGUGACCCUGCAUGCAUUGCUGACAGAUGAAAAGGGAGUGAGAUUUGAAGCCAGAGCCUUCUACAGGGCCAACAAUAUUGGGGAGGUAGAUUUGAAGCAGGCACCUGCUCUGGGAGGCGACUAUUUAGGUGUGUGGCCCAUGGGCCUCUUUUCCACACUGAAGCCUAAUAAAAAGCAUUGCCGACUGAUGAAACGGGAGGUGAUGAGAAGCCCUUUUCAUAUCCAGAUCAGCCUCUAUGAUGGUUUUAAGGCUUUGAUUUCACCAUCAGAUGUUGCACUUGUAACCUGUACUGUAGAAAGAUGGUAUGUAGCUCCUGGAGUGGAACGUUUCCAGAUCAAGACAGGCCAAGUUCGGGGGGCCCUUUUUGUGCCUCCAGGGCCUGGGCCAUUUCCAGGGGUGAUUGACCUGUUUGGUGGAAGCGGAGGCCUCUUUGAAUUCAGAGCCAGUCUCCUGGCUAGCAAAGGCUUUGUUGUUCUGGCCCUGGCUUUCUUCGCAUAUGAUGACCUGCCACAGAGCCUGAAGGAAGUGAACCUGAAAUAUUUUGAGGAAGCAUCAAUAUUGCUCUUAAAACAUCCAAAGGUAAGAGGCCCAGGACUUGGAGUCAUUGGAUUGUCCAAAGGAGCAGAAAUUGCACUAGCCAUGGCUACCUUCCUGCCACAAAUAAUGGCUGCUGUUUGCAUCAAUGGUGCAACAUAUAUGAAUGGUGCAUCACUCCGCUUUUGUGACCUCCAUAUCCCUGCAGUUCCCUAUUCUCCAGAGAGAAUUAUCAUCACUGAAAUGGGAACAAUAGCCAGUCUCCAUGUUUGGGGAGAUCCUCAGGAUGAAAGUUCUCAAGCCUCUGCCAUCCCUGUGGAGAAAGCUCUGGGACCUGUGCUCUUUGUGGUGGGUGAAGAUGAUAAAAGCGUGAAGAGCAAAUUGUAUGCUGAGGCAGCCAUAGCCAGAGCAAAGAAGUAUGGGAAAAAUGACUGUACGCUGCUCGCUUAUCCAGGGGCUGGGCACCUCAUAGAACCCCCUGGAUCCCCACUUUGCUGCAACUGUCUAAUGCACCAAACGCCUCUACCUGUGCAGUGGGGAGGCAAAGCAGAACCCCAUGCCAAAGCCCAAGAGCAUUCCUGGAAGGAGAUCCAGAAAUUCUUUGAAUUUCAUCUCGGCCCACCUGGAAAUAGCAAUUUGUGAUGCCAGAAGAAAGAGAAAAUUGGGUGACUUGUUCGAGUCUUUGGAGAUAUGCAAAUAAAUCAACUCUCAUGUAUGGGACAGUCUUAGUGAGAAUGUCUCCACAAUGUCUCUUACUACAUUCACACAGUGUGUGUGUGUGUGUGUGCGCGUGCGCUUUCAAGUCACUUGUCAACUAUGACAACCUCAUGAAUUUCAUUGCGUUUUCUUAGGCAAGGAAUUAUACACCUCAGAAAGACAAUUUUGUAUUAAGUCAGACACAGUUUAGGACUCUAAAUAUCCCAUUCAAUCUUCCAUCCUCCUUAUGCUUCUAAUAAGUUGAUUAGUGUCUCUGAUUUUAUUCCAUUCAUAAUGUACAGACAGUAUUUUCCCCCUGUUCUGACAUAUUUUCCUCUAUUCUAAACUGUUUGGAGAGAGGAAUCUCAGCCCAAUUUGACUAGCCUAGAAAGUAUAACAUGGAACAUAAUACAUACCACUUACAGGAAACACUAGCUUGACUGGCCAUAUGAAGAGGGAUUUAUAAAGGAUAUUUGUUUGCAAUCUUGCUGUUCUUGCGCAGGCUAGUUACUUGUGUUCACUUUUCUAUUGGUUCUCCUUUGUCUAAGAUGACAGUCUGUUGCCCUACCAGACCAACUGUGACUUUUAAAAAAAUGUUUCCAUUAUGUUACCUUUGGGGUAAAUUGUUUUAACUGGU